CAACCUUUGUUUUCAGUGUUCCCACUUUUCCCAAAUAUAUUUUUUUUCAAAUCUCCUUUGUCAACUGUAAUUCUACAAUUUCCAUCAAUCAGCUUUUUCCUGCUGAUCUGAAUUGGAUAAACAAUGAAUACGCCAUUUCUGAAAGGAGAAAGUAGCAGUCGCACGACCGUGUUGAAUCGGAGAUCUGCAAUUACUCGUGGCUCUGUUUAUGAAAGGGCUGCUGCUCUUGUUGAUCUGGCAGAAGAUGGUGUUGGUCUACCAGAGGAGAUUCUAGAUGAUUCAAACUUUGAAAAUUUAGCAAAGUUGUAUUUUGUUUAUACUCGUUUCGAUUUUCUUUGGACGCUCAAUUAUUUCGCAUUGAUAGUCUUAAAUUUUAUUGAGAGACCUUUAUGGUGCGGGAGAUAUAGUGAACAUUCUUGUAAUGAUAGGGAUUAUUUUUUCCUUGGUCAACUGCCUUACUUAACCGGCGUUGAAUCUCUUGUAAUUGAGGUUAUAACUUUAGUAUUACUACUAGUCCACAUAUUAUUUCCAAUUGCAUAUGAAGGUCCACUUAUCUAUUGGAAGAAGUCUCUAAAUAAAUUACAGGUCAUAUUCCUUAUUGUAUUGGCGGCUGAUGUGCUGAUAUUUGGGCUCUAUGUAUCACCUUUGGCUUUCAACUCUCUUCCUUUCAGGGUUGCUCCUUAUAUACGAGUCUUUUUUUUCAUUCUUUAUAUCAGGGAAUUAAGAAGAAGUGUUGUUGUUCUAGUUGGGAUGCUUCCUACGUAUCUCAAUGUCUGGGCACUCACACUUGUGUUUCUCUUGUUCUCAAGCUGGAUAGCUUAUGUUAUGUUUGAAGAUACUCAACAGGGAGCCGAAGUUUUUACGUCAUAUGGCACUACAUUGUAUCAAAUGUUCAUUCUAUUCACAACUUCCAACAGUCCUGAUGUUUGGAUUCCUGCAUACAAGGCUUCACGUUGGUAUUCCCUGUUUUUUGUUCUGUACAUCUUACUGGGUGUCUACUUCGUCACAAACUUGAUUCUUGCCGUUGUGUAUGACAGCUUUAAAAGUGAGCUUGCCAAACAAGUUUCUGAGAUGGACAGUAUGAGGAAAAAUAUACUGCUUAAAGCCUUUCGUUUGAUGGAUAGAUAUAAUCUUGGAUUUCUUAAUCAAGAGCAAUGUCUUUGUCUAUUUGAAGAAUUGAAUAAAUAUAGGUCGCUGCCAAAAAUAUCAAAAGAAGACUUUGAACUGAUAUUUGACGAGCUGGAUGAUAGUCAUGAUUUUAAGAUUAAUGAAGAAGAAUUUGACGACCUAUGUCAUGCCAUUGCAACAAAGUUUGCAAAAGAAGAUUGUCCAUCGUGUUUUGAGGCAAUGCCGUCAAUUUACUACUCUCCUUUCUCUGAAAAGUUGAAGACCUUUAUUCGGAGUGAUACUUUUGCAAACAUUGUUGUUAUCAUCCUUGUGAUAAAUUUGAUAGCAGUUAUCAUUGAAACCACGCUUGACAUAGCUGAUAGUUCAGCUCAGCAACUCUGGCAAGUGGUAGAAUUUGUGUUUGGCUGGAUAUAUGUGCUUGAAAUGGGUUUGAAGAUAUAUGCACAUGGUUUUGUGAAUUAUUGGAGGGAUGGACAAAACCGCUUUGAUUUUGUCAUAACUUGUGUAAUAGUUGUUGGCGAAACAGUGACCCUUGCUACACCAGAAGGCCAAAGCUUUCUAUCCAAUGGAGAAUGGAUUCGUUAUCUUAUCCUUGCUAGAGUUUUACGUUUAGUAAGAUUGUCAAUGCGAGUCAAACGUUAUCGGGCCUUUGUAGCAACAUUUUUGACUUUGAUUCCAAGCUUGAUGCCAUAUCUGGGGACUGUUUUUUGCGUCAUGUGCAUCUAUAGCUCUCUUGGUGUUCAGGUUUUUGGCGGGAUUGUUAACGCAGGGAAUGCUUUACUAGAAGGAUCUGAUCUUGCUGAAAACGAUUAUUUGCUCUUCAACUUUAAUGACUAUCCAAAUGCUAUGGUGACAACGUUCAAUUUAGUAGUAAUGGGGAACUGGCAAGCCUGGAUGCAGACAUACUGGGACUUGACAAGAACUUCAUGGAGCCUGAUGUACUUUGUUAGUUUUUACCUCAUCACGGUGAUGCUUAUCUUGAACUUGAUCAUUGCUUUUGUGUUGGAAGCAUUCUUCUCAGAAUUGGAGCUUGAGGAGUCAGAAGAAGAACCUGAAGCAAGAAAGGACAAUAGAAAAAAAUAUCAUCGUCGAUAUACUGGUCAUAAAUCACGAAGCCAAAGAGUUGAUAUACUACUCCACCGUAUUCUGAGUUCAGAACUGGACAAAUCAGAGACAUGUGAGGCUUCCGGGGCUUCUGAGGCAUAGAAGAGCCUGCAGACUGUCUUUGCUGUUAAUUGAACAACCAACCUUUAAUGCCAAGGCAACAUCUUACAAUUGCAUAGUGAAUAAUCUGGAAACAUGUGAUGUAUGUAGUUCCGACAAUGCUUCUAGAUUCGUCUAUUGAUUUAUCAGCGUCAAUUUCUGCUAGACAUGAUGAAAUGCUAUGAUUCUCCCUGCUUUUCCCUCUUGUGCCCUGAACUAUACAGGCAGUGCUCUAUUUCUUUUAUACUAUCAUAAUCUUGAUGCCACUUAAAUGGACUUUGUCUUGACAAUGGAAAUGAGCACCAUCUCGCCAAA